GCACCACCGCCAAAAACCAGGCAGAUGUUCAACGCCACAGCGAGCGAUUUUUAACAACAGUGUUUUAAAACUGAAUUAAACUAAUUAAAUGUGUUUUAAGACAAUUAUUUAAGAUGAACUAAGCCCCGCCAAGGUCGCACGCACAACUGGACACCGUAGAGAGGCUCGGAGCGUGCGACAAAAGGGCAAUAAAUGCCCCUAAAACCCGGCGGUCUACGCGCGUUUUUCGCUUGGGCGGCUUAGUUUUUCCCCCCUACCUGGGAAAAGUGCCACAUUUCCAAAAGAAUGGCCACCAGCAACUCUUUAAGGAAUAAAAUAAACAACAGCUAUGAAUCGGAGCCUUCCACGGGAAGCGGGUCUUCGCUCAGUGAAAACAAUGAGGGCCACAUAUCUGACGAGGAGCACUUAAAUCUACCGUAUCUGAUGAAACCAAAACCACUGACCGAGACCCGUACAACACCAAAAAACACUACUCCACCACCUGCCUCUGCCCCAAAGACCGGCAGCCAAGAGUCCCAGUUCAAGGGCUUCGGCGACAGUCCGUAUGGCCAGGUUAACAAGCGUUUGUAUGGCUCCCAGCUGCAGAACCUGAAACUGCCCGAGGUGGAGCCUCCCCCGGCCAACCGUGGUCCCUCACCCGGAAAGAUAGUCUUUCCCCGUUUCUACGACUCGCUGAUCGAGGAGAACAGCUGCAAUGCCGUGGACAUGGCCGUGUCGGUGUCGGUUGAGCUCACAACCACCACGACGACGACGAUAACUACGGGCAGUCUCUCCUUCGAUGGCAAAAUCAAAAGUCUGACUGAGGAGCAGGAGAAACCGGGUACCUCCCGGCUAUCCACCGUGUUGGAAACCUCGCUGAAUACCUCACAGCAAAAGUUCAACAACGAACGCUCGCCCGAUCUCUUUGCCGACAGCGAUGAUGAAGAGGAGAAGGCUGACCCACCCACAAGACUUGAAGAUCUGCCCGAGGCCUUGGAUGAAUCACAAUGCACCAGCGAUGUGCGUGCCCGCGCCACGGAAUCCAGCUUUGUGGAUGAGCAGACACUGGACAUGUCGGCCACCCAGCUAAAUGCCAACGAUACGCGUUCACAGUUCUUGGAGAACUGUCGCCGAGAGCGAGAACUCUAUCGAAGGAUACGACGCUGUUUGCAGGGUGUUAGACCGCCGCCCACAGUGACCAAUCCCGAAAUGGAUGUGAUCAAAACUGUGCUUAGCAUGAAGGAAAAGGUGCUUAACUUUAUGUCGAAGGAGGAUCCAGCCACGAUUGAAGAUGGUGUGACCACCUCCUCCUUGUUUCGGCCCACUCAUAGUCUAUUGGAGGCCCAAAACAUGGGCUGGCGGGAGGUUUUAAGCGUGAGACAACAUGGAUUGAGCUACAACUUAAACAAAGCUGCCGAACAAAAUGAAUACCUCAGCAUGUCUGUGGUGGAUCGUUAUGUGGGAGUGGAGACAGCCACCUCCUACGUGCGUUCCCCCUCGAGUGCCAAGAAGCGAAAUAUGCGAAUGAAAAUGCUCACCCAAUCACCGGGCAAUCGCCUUAGUCACCUGGCCAAGCGCCGUGCCAUAUUUUCAUCGGCAAAUCUGGCCACCAACUCACAGAAGCUAAACAGUUCAAUUGGACCACAAAUAUUGCUAGAAAAGAAAAAAGUGCGAAACAAGCGCAAGGCCACGCCCAAACGCAAGACUCCAGGCAGCAAAAAGAAAGCUCGCAAGACGCCCACUUCAUCCGCCCGCAAACGUCUCUACCGCACCGAUCUCAUCAAACCGGGUCCGGGUCCCUCGAGGGAAACCUCCAAGCGCGCCCUAUUCCAAAGCCCAGCCAAGUCCCUCCAGCAGCAGCUAAUGCCACCCAAGCCUUUGUUUAAACCAGAGAUUGCCAAUCGCGUAGAGCGUUCCAAGAGGGCUCUUUUCUCGCCGGAUCACCAAGGUGGUGGCAGCCAACUGGAGUCAUUGCUGAAGCGAAAACGUAAUGCCUGCGAUGAUGAGGACUCCGCUGAUAUGGCCAGUCAGAGCAGCAAGCUGUUCCGUGCCGAAAGUAGUGGACCCAGCGGCUUGACGCCCCGUGCCCUCAAGAUCAAGAGUCAGAGCUUCUGCAUUGGAGCUGGUUCCUCCACAACAGGUAUGCAGCAGAAGGCGACACAGCAGCAGCUGACGGCAGCGGGAGUCAGUCAAUCGCGACUCAGUCUGGGAUUAAGCGGCAGCAGCAGCAAUUUGGCCAGCAGUGGAACGCCGCUGGCGAAUAAACUGCAACGAGCACAAUCGGAGAUGAGCGCCACGCCGAAUAGUAGCAUGACGGAUAAUCAGAGAAAGAAACUCCUUUGGGCUGUAUCCCAGGCCCUGCAAGAGCGUAAAAUCACAGCCAAGCAUGAGCACUUCCGUCAGCAUGCAGCGGAUCUCACGCGUAUUGUGAAGCGCAUCUUCCAGGAAUUCUACCUAGGACACACAACCAGCAAUAGCGAGACGCUGUUAAGGCUAGCCAAGAAGUUUGCCUUCAGCGUCAUUGCGGGCAAAAAUGCGGACGAUAUUUACCUGCAGGCACGCAGUCAAGAGAGCGAGGCCAAGCGAUUGUCCAGCACCCGGCUCUCUGGCUACAUAGGACCCGAAGAGUUUGCCCAGCGCAAGUUGCUUUUGUCUCAAACUUCCUCCGGUGUGGGUACUUUAGCGGGUUCCACACGCUCGUUACACAACAUCUUUGGCAGUGAAAACUCCAUUGAUUCGUUUGGUUUGAGCCAGCAGACAAGCGCCUGCACGGAUACCCAAUCGAGUUUAGUGAAUCGCAUAGCCGAGGAUUUGUUUUGUAAGGAAAGGCAGCCUAUACGACCGAAUCCCACAUUGCAAAAUAGCUCUUCAAAGAGCAAUCUGGGUGGUCUAGCCUUGCGAGAGAAUGUGGACUGUGAGCUAAGAAGAUCAGCGCAGAAGAAUUUCACGGGCAAGGAUCAAAGGAACAUAAGUCCCUACUAUGGAGGAGGUGGAAAUGGAAGCAACGGCUCGGCCCGAAAGUUCCAAGUGACGCCAGCGAACAGCAACAAUUCGGGAGGAAAGGCCAAGCGACAGAUAUCCUUUGACUGCUAAGAUAAGAGAAAAGGUAAAGGGAAACCCCUCCCUUUACCUAACCUCAUAUUGAAACCGUUUACUUUUUGUUUUCUAUUAUUUUUUUUUAUGGUUGCUUUAGCUUAAUUUAUUUAACUGCCUAGUACUCUCUCUAAACCCAAACCCAAAGGCAGACAACCGUUUAAAAAUAGGUAUUAAAAAAAAUAUAUAUAUAAAAUACAUCUCUUGUAGAUCUUAUAGAUCGCCUGCCUUAGCUACCGACUUGCUCAAAAUUUUAGUUAAAAUUCAACUAAGAUCUAUAUGGGAUUUAUUUUAUGAUGCGCGACUCAAAAACCACAAUGAAUGCAAUAUUUUCCACUGAAGUCUAGACGUAGAAUGUACCAAAAUUUGUGCUUAAAAAUUACAAAUUAACAACUGAAAUCAAGCUGAAAUCGUAAUUAUUUCUAAGAGUGUAAAGUGAAAUUUUAGCAUAAUAAAAGCUUUGUCAAUAGUA